CUCGUAAUGAUAAUGUCGAACGGGAAUUGAGAUCCUCAAGGAAUCUCAAUUUCGAUAAUCUAGAUUUUUGUUCAAGAUCUCGUCUCAAUCCAGUCUAUCUAUCCACAAACCUUGUUUAUCUUUUUACAUUUCCUUCUAGUACUCUAUAUAAAUUAUUUUUACUUUUUUUCAUUCACUUUAACUAUAAAUUUUGGUAUUCUGUUUACAUUUAUAAGCGGGGCAGGUGUACUAACAAAAUGUUUUUUUUCAAUAUUAGAAAUUUUCAGACAAUUUUAUUAAAAAAUCAUUUAAAAAAUCCAAGUACAAAUACAUCCAUUUGUCUAAAAAUUUAUUUCGAAAUACCCCCCCCCCUUCCCCCUAUUAUUUUUUAGUUAAAAUGAGCAAGAAUGAGCGCUGAAAAGGGUAUAGAGUAGUAUUGAGUAUUUUUGAUUAGUCAUCAAUUUGUUGUUUUAAAUUUUCCACCUAACAGUUCUCCCCCCCCCCCCCUUUAUACUUUCCUUGCUUAUCACUAAAAAGACAUUCAAAAAUGUGGCCACCUUUAUUUUUUUAUAAAUUAUUGCUAAUAUUUUUUUUAGAUUUUAAUAAAAAUGCUUAACAGAAGUCUUCAAAUAAUGUUAUCGUUUAUAUUUAUUUUACUUGUUUUUGAGAAUGUUGUUGUGUUUGGACGUGUUGCUCAACAAAAUCCGAUUCCGCUAAUUAAUAAAAAAGGUUUAUUUUUGUUAAAUACCUUUAGGUACUUUUUGGUUCGUUCCCUCUCUCUCUUCACUUUUGUUUAUUAUCUGGGUUAGUGCUGGGCCGCAUGUGAUGUUACUGAUUUUCCGGUUCGGGUCGGAGAAAGGCAAGAUUUCGGGUAUCUCGUGACAUUGCUCUUGGCACGUUUUGAUCCAUAAUAAACUUUGGUCCACUCCUGGUUUCG